AUGGAAGUCGAAGAGAGCUCAACACCCUCUCCCUCCACCUUCCACUGGAUUCUUUAUCUCACCACCUCCCCUACCCAGGGCCAAACAUUCCACCUCACCAACGCUCCGGGCUCAGACGUCUGGACAUUCGACUCCCAAACCACGGAGAAUAUCACGCACGGCAGCCGGCUCCUGGUGGCCUUGGAGCUGGGCGAGAUAGAGCCCGCGUUACACACUGCGCUGGCGGAGCGGCUCGCCCAGGUUCCUGUGGGAUACUCUACCAAAUUCCGCGAGGCGAUGACGUGUCGGGUCUGGGUGAAGGAGGCGCUAUUUGCGCUUGAGGAGGAGGGGUAUCUCUGUCUCCCUGUGGGAGGUGCGCAGGAGGUGAACAGGAUUGAGGAGAAAGCUAGAGGGUGGGCGAUGCGGAAUCGGGUUGCUGGACGGGUUAGUAUUCAGGUUUGGGGUGGUGUAUAAGACGGUUGUCGGGGGCCGGAGGGGUGAGUUGAUGCUGGGAUGGGCUGUGAAGGUGCUGAUGAAUAAGAGUUUGGAUAGUGGGAUAUAUAUUGCGCGUAUGGCUUCUCCAUUGAUUUAUACACUGC